UGGGGGUGCCGGCCGAUGCCGAUAACGAUAACGAGUAGAGCAACCCUAGCUGCCGGGCCACGUACAAUUUGCGACAAAAAAUAACAAGAAGUAAUUAAAGCUAAAAUACAAUUAUGGAUGUGAUGCAGCGUUACGUUUCGCCCGUGAACCCGGCCGUUUUCCCCCACCUCGCCACCGUGCUCCUGAUAAUCGGAACCUUCUUCACCGCCUGGUUCUUCAUCUUCGUGGUUUCCCGGAAAAGCUCCAAGGAGAGCACCCUGAUCAAGGAACUGCUGAUUAGCCUGUGCGCCUCCAUCUUCCUUGGAUUCGGCAUCGUAUUCCUGCUGCUAACCGUCGGUAUUUACGUAUGAGAUACAAUCUAGGCAAAGACCAUUCCGUAUAGAAAUAAACUAAAGAUAUGUCCGUGGGCGUGAACGUA